AUGUUCUAUUCAAUUUAUGAGUUCAUCAAGCAGAACGUGUCGACGGUAUAUUUGAAUUUUGGGAGCUACCUGGCGGCGAAGCAGCGUUACAUCCUGCUCGCCGCUAACAUGGUGAGCAACACCGCCCAGGACUUCACACCGCAGGAGUUCUGGACCAAUCGAAGGGUGAUAGCAGACAAGAUGCUGACCAAGAUUAAGAAGGUGCUGCUGGAUGACGGCAGCGUCAACGUCACUAGGUUCGAGAUGCUCAAAAUUGAUUUCGCGAGCCAGUUCGAGGACGCAAUCACCCAGGUCCAGGUGGCGGAGCAGCAGAAGGUCGUAAACGAGUACGAUCAGAAGGUCCAGACGGUCCAGCAGCGUAUCGACGUCCUCCAGGCAGAGAACCAGGCGCACAUCACGGCCAUCUCCUCGAACGCAGAGGGGGUCGCGCGCCAGCAGGUCGCGAAUGCCACCCGCGACGGUUUCAACAUGAGGCAGGGCAUGAAGGCGACGAAGUACGCUCAGCUGCAGCGAGCGCUCGGCUUCGACGAGGCCCAGAUGUCGGAGUACUUCAAGAUCAAGUCCAUCCAAGGGCAGGAGAGCAAGAGCGGGAAGAUCAUCGUGGGCGUCCCGUCAGUGGUCGGGGCGCGCGCCGAGGCCGCCGAGCGGGAGUUGCAGCAGCUGAAGGCUGGGGCGGUGGCGCCGUCGCCCGCGGAGCCGCCUCGGCAGGCCGUUCCGCAGGACCUGGCGGGCGAGGAGAGGGCCUCGCUGACGGCGGAGAUCGCCCGGCUGAGGGGGGAGCUGGAGCAGUCCAGAGCGAGCCCCGAGGCCACGAGGGCGGCAGGCAGGGAGCGCAGCUCGCCCAGCUGUGGCUGCUCGACGAGGCCGACGACCGGCACCCCGGGCACGGAGCGGGGUGCCCAGGGCGACGAGGCCCUCAGGCAGCUGCAGAUCGACGUGCAGCGGGAGCGGGACGCGUGGCGCGCGGAGAGGCAGCACUACGAGCAGAGGCUCGAGCUCGCCGCGGGUGCCCACCGGGAGCUGGAACGGCGCCUCGGGGCCGCGGAUGCCGCGGCGGGGGAGGCCCCUCCUCGGCCCGCUGGCCCCGGUCCUGGCCGCGGCGGGGCGGGCACGAGCUUCGGGGCCCCGGAGGAGCUGCACGGCUUCUCCCAGAAGAUGUUCGUGAAGUCCAGCGUGCCUUCUCACCCUCGUGGACAGCGACGCUUGGCAUUUAAAGCCAAGGGCGUGUGGUCGGACUCGUACCGGCUCGGUUCGACUGGCUAUGGGAACGACCUCAACGUCAGCUCAGACAGCGAGGUCUGCGUAUUGUUUCACCUCCAUUUUGAUGCCGAGGGCGUGGUCGAGUCCACGCCUAACAUUCCAGGUCAAGCAGAAUGGACGAUCUCUUGA